GGCGGCGGCAGCGGCGGGGGCUGCCGGGGUAUUUCGGGAAGGGGCGUGAGGAGAAGGAGACGGCGGCAGCGGCGAAGAGGACUACGCGAGGAAGCAGCCGAGGAAAAAAGAAAGGAAGAAAGAGGGCGGGGAGUCCUCCGUGGAGGAGGCGGGACCGGCCAAGCUCCUCACCUCUCGGCGGCGGCGGCGGGCGGGCGGGGAGGCGGUGCCGCCCCCUGCCCGCGUUGUCUUCAGCGAAGCCGGCCGCCGACCCGCUGGCCCCGGGCAGCGGCCCAAGCUGUUGGGGCGGGAUCGGUGGGUCGGGUGGCAGCAGCGGCGACCGUCAUGGCGUUCCUCAAACUCCGCGACCAGCCAUCAUUGGUGCAGGCUAUAUUUAAUGGAGAUCCAGAUGAAGUUCGAGCACUGAUAUUUAAGAAAGAAGAUGUCAACUUUCAGGACAAUGAAAAGAGAACACCAUUACAUGCUGCUGCCUAUCUUGGAGAUGCAGAAAUCAUUGAACUGCUUAUUUUAUCUGGAGCUAGAGUUAAUGCCAAAGACAGCAAAUGGUUGACACCUUUACACAGAGCAGUUGCAUCUUGUAGUGAGGAAGCAGUUCAGGUACUUUUGAAGCAUUCUGCAGAUGUGAAUGCUCGAGACAAGAAUUGGCAAACUCCUUUACACAUAGCUGCGGCUAAUAAAGCUGUGAAGUGUGCAGAAGCUUUGGUGCCUCUCCUGAGCAAUGUAAAUGUAUCUGACCGAGCAGGAAGAACUGCAUUACAUCAUGCUGCUUUCAGUGGACAUGCAGAGAUGGUCAAACUGCUCUUAUCCAGAGGUGCCAAUAUUAAUGCUUUUGACAAGAAAGAUAGGCGUGCUAUCCAUUGGGCGGCAUAUAUGGGUCAUAUAGAAGUAGUGAAAUUACUAGUAGCACAUGGAGCUGAAGUGACAUGUAAGGACAAGAAAUCUUACACACCUCUUCAUGCAGCAGCCUCUAGUGGAAUGAUCAGUGUAGUCAAGUAUCUUCUGGAUCUUGGAGUUGAUAUGAAUGAACCAAAUGCCUAUGGGAACACACCUCUUCACGUGGCCUGCUAUAAUGGACAAGAUGUUGUUGUGAAUGAACUCAUAGACUGUGGUGCUAAUGUAAAUCAAAAGAAUGAAAAAGGAUUCACUCCUUUGCACUUUGCCGCUGCAUCAACGCAUGGAGCACUGUGUUUAGAACUUCUAGUUGGCCAUGGGGCUGAUGUCAAUAUGAAGAGUAAAGAUGGGAAAACCCCACUGCAUAUGACUGCCCUCCACGGUAGAUUCUCCAGAUCACAAACCAUUAUCCAGAGUGGAGCUAUAAUAGACUGUGAGGACAAGAAUGGAAACACCCCUUUGCACAUAGCAGCAAGGUAUGGCCAUGAGCUGCUAAUCAACACUCUCAUUACGAGUGGUGCUGACACUGCAAAGCGUGGCAUCCAUGGAAUGUUCCCCCUUCAUUUGGCAGCCUUAAGUGGUUUUUCGGAUUGCUGCAGGAAACUUCUUUCUUUAGGAUUUGAUAUAGAUACCCCAGAUGAUUUUGGCAGGACCUGUCUACAUGCAGCUGCAGCUGGAGGGAAUUUGGAGUGCCUAAACCUCCUGCUCAAUACUGGUGCAGACUUCAACAGAAAAGACAAAUUUGGGAGAUCACCACUGCACUAUGCUGCUGCCAACUGCAAUUACCAGUGCCUGUUUGCUCUUGUGGGAUCAGGAGCAAGUGUAAAUGACCUUGAUGAAAGAGGCUGCACACCCCUGCACUAUGCAGCUACAUCAGACACAGAUGGCAAGUGCCUGGAAUACUUACUAAGAAAUGAUGCAAAUCCAGGGAUCCGGGACAAGCAAGGAUACAAUGCAGUUCAUUACUCAGCUGCUUACGGUCACCGUCUAUGUCUUCAGCUGAUUGCAAGUGAAACUCCUUUAGAUGUUUUAAUGGAAACCUCGGGGACAGACAUGUUGAAUGAUUCAGAUAAUAGAGCAACAGUAAGCCCUUUACACCUAGCUGCCUAUCAUGGUCACCAUCAAGCACUGGAAGUAUUGGUACAGUCUUUGUUAGAUCUGGAUGUGAGAAACAGUAGUGGAAGAACACCUUUAGAUCUUGCAGCAUUUAAGGGCCAUGUUGAAUGUGUGGAUGUACUCAUUAAUCAGGGAGCUUCGAUCUUAGUAAAAGAUUACAUUUUGAAGAGAACACCUAUCCAUGCAGCAGCAACAAAUGGUCAUUCCGAAUGUUUACGGCUGUUAAUAGGAAAUGCAGAACCACAGAAUGCAGUAGAUAUUCAAGAUGGAAAUGGACAGACACCUCUUAUGCUGUCUGUUCUCAAUGGUCACACGGACUGUGUAUACUCACUGUUAAACAAAGGAGCAAAUGUAGAUGCCAAAGAUAAAUGGGGACGGACAGCGUUGCAUAGAGGGGCGGUUACAGGCCAUGAAGAAUGUAUAGAUGCAUUACUUCAACAUGGUGCUAAAUGCCUACUCCGGGAUAGUAGGGGACGGACACCUAUACACCUGUCAGCCGCCUGCGGACACAUUGGUGUUCUGGGAGCCCUUUUACAGUCAGCAGCAUCUAUGGAUGCAAAUCCAGCCAUAGCAGACAAUCAUGGAUAUACAGCGCUUCAUUGGGCUUGCUAUAAUGGUCAUGACACAUGUGUAGAACUUCUUUUAGAACAGGAAGUUUUCCAGAAAAUAGAAGGAAAUGCUUUCAGUCCAUUGCACUGUGCCGUGAUAAAUGACAAUGAAGGUGCUGCAGAGAUGUUAAUUGAUACACUAGGUGCCAGCAUUGUGAACGCCACAGAUUCAAAAGGAAGAACUUCUCUCCAUGCAGCUGCUUUCACAGACCAUGUAGAAUGUUUACAGCUGCUGCUCAGCCAUAAUGCUCAAGUCAAUUCUGUGGACUCCUCUGGGAAAACACCCCUCAUGAUGGCUGCAGAAAAUGGACAAACAAAUACAGUUGAGAUGCUGGUUAGCAGUGCUAGUGCUGAUCUGACUUUACAAGAUAACUGUAAAAACACCGCCCUCCAUUUGGCUUGUGGCAAGGGUCAUGAAACUAGUGCCUUGUUAAUACUAGAAAAGAUUACAGAUAGAAACCUCAUCAAUGCAACCAACGCAGCCUUGCAAACACCUCUGCAUGUUGCUGCCCGAAAUGGGCUAACAAUGGUGGUUCAAGAACUUUUGGGAAAAGGAGCAAGUGUUCUUGCAGUAGAUGAAAAUGGCUAUACCCCAGCUUUGGCAUGUGCUCCCAAUAAGGACGUAGCUGAUUGCCUGGCUCUCAUUUUGGCCACCAUGAUGCCUGUCUCAUCAACUAGCCCUUUGUCCUCCCUGACAUUCAAUGCCAUUAACCGUUAUACCAACACCUCAAAAACAGUGAGCUUUGAAGCCUUGCCUAUCAUGAGGAAUGAACCCAGUUCCUAUUGCAGUUUCAACAAUAUUACUGGGGAACAGGAGUACUUAUAUACUGAUGUGGAUGAGCUCAAUGACUCUGAUUCUGAGACCUACUAAGAGGCUGAGCCAGAGGUCUAAAGUUUUGACACUAAAGCUUCAAACUGUGCUUUUUCAGGAAAAAAAGAAAAGCACUUUCUUAUUAAAGAUACAAGUUGAACCUAAGAAGAAAGAGUUCACACAGUGAAAGCGUGUAACACAUUGGAUGCCAUUAGGAAGAAGAAUUCUAAAGGCAAGUUUUGCAAAAGGAACCUCUAGAAUCUUGAUACUGACUUGACCAGAGGAAAACACAUUGAUGUCAAAGUGCUUUAUGGAAUUGUUUGAUUUGGCUUUACAGUGCCAGAAAUAAUUUUGUUGGGACACUGUGCUCCCUAAUCUGCUUACACAGCAACACUACUGUAAGAGAAGAGGACACUAGAUUUAAAUUUUAUCAAUAAAAUUACAACUAAUUUUAAAG